UAUUUAUACCCCAAUCUUCCUGAAAACCAAAACAACCACCUCCGCCAUUAACAGUAUUUCCAUAAAUAAAUUAUUUAAUAUCGUUAAGUUUUCUUCUUCUACCAUUUUUUUCCUUAAAUGGAAGAAAUGAACAGAAGUUCUUCAUAUGCAUCGUCAUCGGGUUCAUCUUCCUCAGAGUCGUCGUUCUCGGCAAGAGUGACGAACAAGACGGAGAAGAUUAAAGGUCCGUGGAGUGCGGAGGAGGACAGGAUUCUGACUCGGCUGGUUGAGCGAUAUGGCCCGAAGAAUUGGUCCUUGAUAAGCCGGUAUAUUAAGGGGCGGUCAGGAAAAUCCUGUAGGCUCAGGUGGUGUAACCAGCUGAGUCCUAAUGUUGAGCACCGGCCGUUUUCUCCGGAGGAGGACGAGACUAUCUUGGCUGCUCAUGCGCAGUAUGGGAACCGGUGGGCCACCAUUGCGCGGUUGCUCCCUGGACGUACGGAUAAUGCGGUGAAGAAUCAUUGGAACUCCACGUUGAAGAGGAGAGCCAGAGAUCAAAUACAUCAGCAGCAGCGGGGAGCACAACAAGAACAGAUUCAGUUACAACAUGGAGAAAUGGAUGGAGGUGACGUGGCAUUGGGAUCUGCCGGAAUGGAGGAGGAGGCGUUUACAGCUUUGACUCUGGCGCCGCCGGGGAGUAGUGGUGCGGGGAAGGUGGAGAUGAGGAGGGAGGAGAAAUUGCCGACUGGGUUUUGGGAGGUGAUGAGGGAGGUGAUUGCGAGGGAGGUGAGAGAAUAUGUGAGCUCAACGUUGCCUACUGAGAAUUCUGGGUUUCAUUAGGAUACGGCGACGUUUUCUUCAUUUCGUUGUUUUGAGGUUUUGGAUUUAUUUGUGGGGUAUUAAUACAUUAUUAAUUAAUAACUUUUGAUUUUCCCCCCCCUAGUUAGGGUCAGUUUACCUUGAAAAAACAUAAUGUAGUAAAAAUCAUGAUGCCUGAGCUCCGGGCAAUAAAAAAAUGUAAUAUGU